AUGUGGCUUAUACCUCAGUAUAUACUCAUCACCCUUGGAGAAGUACUGUUCUCAGUUAGUGGGUUGUCCUUUGCCUAUUCCCAGGCACCAACAUCACUGAAGUCUGUUGUUCAAGCAGUUUGGCUGGUUACAGUGUCAUUUGGGGAUCUGGUUGUGAUAAUUGUGGCAAAUAUACACUCGAUACCAUCACAGAUGGUUGAAUUCUUCAUAUUUGCUACCCUCAUGUUUGUUGACACUAUCAUAUUUAUGAUAAUGUCAAAGUUCUACACUUACAAAGCGAAUUCCCUUGACUACUGCGAGCUGGUUGAAGAAGCGCCAGAAAUUAAUGUUUCGGAAAGAUCUGGAGGAGAGGAGCAUCCAUUGAAGAGCAUGACUAUGCCAAAGCCUACUACUACACAAAACUUUAAGGAAGAAUAG